AUGUCAGGCUCCAGUGAUUCUUCUACAAUUAGUCACCAAGGCUUGCCUCAAGGUUUGGGAAUUGCUUCUAAUGAAACCAGUGGUCGUGCUACACCUAGGGAUUCCCUUGGUGGUACGAAUACAGACUCUAGAGUCAACGAUCCUAGAAUUGGAGCAAGUCCACAGAUGCAGCAACAAGGCGGCGCCAACAAUCCUAAUUUUGGACCAGUAAAUACCUCGAUGCAACAGCAGAUGGGAAUCAAUAUGCUGCACCCACAUCGAAUCACACAACAGCUAGCUCAGAAUGCACAAAGACACUAUCAUCAAUUGGAGCAACAUCGAGCACAGCAACAAUUACAACAGCAGCAGUAUGUGGCUCAACAACAAAUGCAGCGAAAUCAAGCACGGCAGCAACGACUACAACAGCAGCAUGUUAACCAGACGCAAGCAUUUCAACCGGUACAAAUUCUGCCAAAUGAUGUUCUCAGCCAAAGCCCGAUCGCUACCAGAAUGAACGGUGGACAAAUCGAACCUGCAUUCCAACAACUUCUCAACACAGGUGUGGCCAUAAACCCCACACAAUACAUCAUGAAGAAUGGAAGGCCAAAUACCUUUGCUCCUACCGCCCCAACUAACGCACAACCCCGAGUAUCUGUUCAACAACCAGAGAAGGAGGAGGAGACCAGUUAUGAAUCCACUCGUCUCAAUCUCAUUAUCAAUUCUCCCCUGACUAUCACCGGCGAUGACAACAUAAUCACUUUCCACCCGGCCCCACAAAUCCAAAAAAUCACAGAUGCAAUCCUCAAAUCUCUACAUUCUGCGUCUGAAGGAUCACGCGGUAUUCCAAUGGGCGAUGCUGAUGGUCAACCUAGGGAAAUCAAAGUUGAAAUUGGCGCUGCUGUGACGAUCAAUGGAAAGAAUAAUAUCCUAGGAGAGGAAGCUGUCAAAAUCUGGGGACAGAGAGUCAAAGGGGAGGCACUGGCGGCACAGACACAGGCGCAGAGAAUGUUGGCACAGGUUCAUCUCCAGUCUCAAGCUAACGCGCAGGCUCAAGGACAGGCUCAAGGACAGGCUCAAGGACAGGCUCAAGGACAGGCUCAAGGACAGGCUCAAGGACAGGCUCAAGGACAGGGACAGGGACAAGGACAAGGACAAGGACCGAGGAAUGGAACAGCAAAUAUGGAGUCAACUGUGCAAAGAAAUGCUCAGCUCGAUAGUAUCAUGAACGCGCGCUUAAAAACUCUUCUGACACAGGGACAGAUGCAGAAUGAGAUGGCGGCGCCGAAACUGGAAUUUCCAAGCGCACAGGAAGCAUUCCAGAGAUAUGAAGAUGAAGAUGAGAUUAUACGAGCACAAGGCGCUGCAUUCUGGAACGCGGAAUGCCAAGCCAUCCUCCGACGACAACAGCAAGCCAAAGCACAAGAAGGAAAAACGAAACCGCAAAUGGGUACUUUCCCUAAUGGUCCUUCAAAAGAUUCUGGCAAGAGAGCUAGAGAAUCCAGCGUUGGUCAACAUGACGAAGAGGCGAAUAAGAAAACGAAGAUGGAUAUGUAG